AUGUCGAUUGAGGAGGUGGUGAAAGAGCUGGAAAGCCGGCGGCAAUUUGCCGGUGAUCAUCUGUGGAGGCUCAACACUGCCAUCUUCAACUGCGCUGAUGAGAAUGAGGUCACUUCACAGCUAGCUGGCCGAAUUUACCAAGUGGUCAUGCAGAUGCGGAAAGAGUACCAGUCUGGACAGUUCUAUGCCACGGACCAGGGCAACUACCUUGCCCUGUUGGGCACGUUGCAGAACCAGGAUUACUUCUCAACACGUCAAGCAACGGCCUUCCGUGGCUGGAUCGCCGAAGCUCUUGGUGCGGGCCGGGAGGGCCGAGAGGCCUCGGCCCAGACAUCCAAGGACAAGGAGAGCGGCACCAAUGGCCUGAGCCGGUCAGAAGCGCAAAAAUUGCGAAAGCUGGAAGCAAGCAGAGAGGCCUUGGCUGCAGAGCUUCGCCAACUUCGCUCCUUGCGGUCUGCCGUUGAAACCUUUACGUCCUUCGAUGCAACAAAAAGAGGAACCGCAAAGAAGAAGGACAACCAGAAGCAGAACGAGGGUCCAAAGGAUUCGCCACAGCCCGUGCCAUCCACGGGUUCGGACGGUGGCACACGACGCGAGGAGCGCCGAGAAAGUGUGAAGGUCGAACCACCCGGCUACCAGGUGAGGACGGACAGUGGGUGGAUCAGGUAUGACGACGAGGCUCAGACGGCUCUGCGGGCCGCUGCUGAGAAGGGUCAGCCAGAAUGUGAGAUCUUUGCCCAAGGCCAAUACUACAAGAUCAGCCUCAAGCGAAUGGUGCAGAUCAAUCCUUCCACCGGAAACGAGCGGUCGGUGCGAUUGCAGGGUGAGGCCCCGCGGACUCCUGAGAUGCCCAAGUUGAACUUCAAGCGCCUCAUGGUCGAGUUCAAGCAGCUCGAGGCUUGCAUAGCUGCUGGCCAAGAGCCAAGUUUUCACAGAUGUGAGCCCGUGGAGGACAACUUGAUGGACUGGGAGAUGGACAUGUCCUUUCCUGCGGAGUCAGCUCUGCAGAAGAGCCUGGAAAAUCUGGCCGCCAGCAUGUUCGACAGCAGCCUGAACAAAAUUACUUUUUGCAUACGCUUCCCCGUGGAGUUCCCUCUGAGCCCGCCGGAAGUGUGGCUGCGGCGGCCACGGAUGAGAUAUCGAUCUGGUCAAUCAGGACCGGUGACCUUCGGUGGCCGUGUUUGCAGCAUGCUGUUGGCAUCUGCUGGCUGGCAGCCGGCUACCUCCAUGCUUGCCGUGCUGAAGGAGGUGCAGCAAAGCCUGGUGGAUUCUGGUAUCGAAGCCAACACAACCGUCUGCAUCAAGAAGGAAUACCCGAGAGCUUCCAUUCAAUUGCAGCGACUAAACACCGAGCUGUUCCCCACGGUGAACGGUUUCUGUCAGAUGGCUAUGACAGCGAUCUCCCCGGAAGAAGCUUCGGCCUUCCUGGGCGAUCUCUCCAGGCUGGAGGCCACCGACAAGAUCGGGCUUCCUUUCGCAUAUGCGAACAGCAUUUACAAGCGAGCCGAAUUGGGCGCCGAAUUGGUUUUGCCCUUGGUCUUCGAACUGAAAACACUUCUGGGGCGGAAGACUCACUGUGCCAUCUUCGAGUUCAUAGACGGCUUGCCGGACAAUCAUGUGCUAAUCCCAAAGUGGGUUAUGGAGGAUCUCGCAAUUGAUGAGAGGGAGCCGUUGAGGGUGCGCGGCGUGGAUCUUGAUUUGGUCACUGCUGUGAAAGUUCAGCCACAUAGCGUCGACUUUUAUCAAGCUGUUCGGGACAGCGGCCGCGAUGUUCGAGAACUGCUCACGGAAUCCCUCUCACGCUUCAGUACACUCACGGAGGACACUGCAGUGCCCAUUGAAGUGGGUGGAAGGCUGUACCAGGUGCAGGUGAUCACCGUGGAGCCCCACGGUGCCGUUCGCAUUAUUGACAUGGAUGUACAACACCACUUCGAGUUCAAGGUGGAGUUCGAGCCUGCUCCUGAUCUGGAGGAUGAAGCAGCUACGAAGGAGUUUCAAGACCGCGCACUGAAGUCAGUGAAGCUGCGUCGCGAACGCUCGGCUGCUGGACGACAGGAAAUAGAAGAACGCCGCCGUGAAGCUCGACAGAAGCGAUACGAGGGCUUGGUGGCAAGAGAGUCCGCGAACGUUAUCGACAAGAGUGAGGGAACGGUGGAAGUUGGCCUUAGGAUGCCCGAUGGGUCACAGCUGAAAGGCAAGUUCCCGGAGGGUGCAUCCGUCGCCUGCUUGAUGCUGGCUGCCUUGGAGAGCCCCUGGGCGAAAGCGGCGCUGCCUUGGGGCAUCUACCUGCGCAUGGCCUUCCCCAAGAAGGUGCUUGCAAGCCAAGAUGUCAUUGACAAAGGCUUUCACAGAAGCACCUUGAGUGUGCAGGAGGAGCAGGCACCUGAGAAGGAUGAGGAGCUCUUUGCCGUUCUGCGCGAUGCGCCCUCCCCAAAGAAAUCCAUCAGCGCCUCCGGCAUGCCAGAGGAGUUGGCUCCACCGCCCUUGCCGGAACGCGACGAAAGCGAACUCUUCUCGAGAACGCAGCGCGCCUUCGAGAUGCAGCGCUUUCUGCGAGCGGGCUUCAACCUGGAGGAGGCUGAGCAGAAGUUCCAGGCAGGGGAGAUCCUGCCGCCCACAGCAGCCUCGAGGCGCCCGGAGCCGCGGCCUCCGGCCGCCUUGGCUGCGCCGGCACCUGCCUCUCCGGCGGAGGAAGCAGAAGCCGAGGACGAGAAGGAGAAGCGGAUUGAGGCGGUUGUGGCCUUCACCGGGGCCGACCGCGAGGUGGCCAAGAGAGCGCUGGAGGAGAACCAGUGGAUCGAAGAGCUGGCCGUCAACAAAGUGCUUGACUCGCUCGACCAAAGCUGA